AUGUGUGUCUGUUUCUGCAGUGGAGGGGGUGUGGGUCCCUGCCCAGCUGUGCAGGGGGUGGGGUAGGACUUUUCCAGACAGGGAGCCAGGCCUGGCCAGGGCUCCAGGAGUUCACGUCACCCCCACCCCCACCCCUCACUUCUCCAGGGAACUGCCAAAGCCAAACCCAACUCAGGACAGGAUUAUGUGUACUGGGUAGACCCAUAGAGAGAGAGACAGCAAGAUGGGAGGGCCGGUGCUGAGAGGGUCAGAGAGAAGCAGAGCCUGAGAGGGAGUGGAGAGGGUACCGCAGUACAGAAGGGGCAGACAGUGACCAUCAGCCCCAUCUCUCCUCUUUGACCUCAAGCAACAGGGCCAGGGAGAGAGCUGAAGGAUUGGGUGGACCGUUGGCCCUUCUCUGGAACCCCUACGCCCCCAUGGGUGGAGUUGCUGACCUCAGUGGCUAGCCCAGCCAGGGGAAGGAGCAGCCAUCAGCAACUCCUUCCUAGCCCCAAACAGCUGAGGUGACCCUGGGAAUUCAGGCUCGGCCUUUGCAACCCCCCCCCCAAACUUCCAGGUCUUGGGGUCUCAGGGAGGGGAGUGGGACUGAGAGUGUUGCUACCCCCAAGUACAUUCCUGCCCUUCCCUCUGUCAUUUUCCUGCCUAAGCUGGCCCACCUCGGCAUUAGCUCCUUGGAUUCCUCUCCCGGGUGCCUUUCAGAUCCAACAGACAUUUUUUUUUUUCCUGGAAAGCAGAACUAAGAGCGGGUUGAGGAGUGGGGGUGGGAAGGGCUCCUACUGAGCAGCAAGGGGCUGGAAAGGACUGGGGAAGCGGUGGCUUUGAGACCAGGCUAGGGUUCCAAGCUCCACUUCCCUGAUGAUGAAAGCUAGACUUCAGGAUGGACUUCCUGGCUCCUCGGGAUGAUAGGACUAUGACUGGGGAGCAAGGGCUGCAUCUCUCCUUCCCAGGUUUCCCCAGCCCAUCAUCACCUGGCCUGAAAUGAGCCCUCACUGAACCAGUGCUGAGGGAUGCUGGUCCCUAGAGGGAGGUUAAAUGAAAUGGGAAAAUCUCCUGGUUCUCUAAGAGAUUAAAGCAUCAGCCCAUUUAGUUUAUCUCUUGGCUACAAAGUGAGGCCAGCAGAGAUGUGCCAGGGAGUUCCAGAAGGAGCCUAGUUAAAAUAAAACGGAAGAAGAGGCUGGGAGGCAAGUAAGAACAGGAAACCUCAAGGGACUUCGUCUUAGCUCCUUAGAGUAGGUAUCUGCUGUCCUCACCCAUGCCUUCCUUAACUGUCCAGGACCUUCCAGAGGGCAGGAGGCAAACGAAGUAAAAAAUAAUCUUAAGGGAGACACGUGUGCAUGUAUGGCCUGAGCUGGCCGGUAAACAGUCACUAGUCCAGAGGAGGGAGGAGGGAGGAGGGAGGAGCUGAGAAGUCCCUGCAGGCUGAGGGGAGGGGACUGUGCCACAGUUGGGAGGUUGAGGUCAGACCCCUCACCCUCUAGCGGACAGGAAAGGGCAGCAUUACUUCCCGCUGUUACCCUUAGGGUUAUAAAGGGGUGGGCCAGUCUUCCUCCACCCCUCCAUCCUCACUGGGAGAUGUCCUUCUGAGGAGCCAUCCCUGCCAACCCCUGGCUUUCUGGAGCCUGGAGAGGUAACCACCAGGCUUCUGUCC